AACCAAAAAUAAAACAAAAAUAAAAAUAAAAGUAAAGGAUAAAAUUUCAAUUCCCACCAAAUGGACCCUCCGACCGACACCCACCACAACACAAGUUUCUUUCCGUUGCCACUUUAAAAGGCCUUUCUUUCUUUAGCUUUGCCUUUGGCUCUCUCUGUUCUCGCACAUUCAAUUUCAUCCACAGUCCAGUCGGUGAGUAGAAAGCGGAAAAUACCUUUUUUUUCCCCUCAACUUUAUUCUCAAAGAGUCAUCGGAGAAAAUGGAGAGCGAGAAUGAGUAUUCGGAGAGUGAAGCGAAAGGAGUUCCAACGUACGGAGGAAAGUACGUUCAGUACAACAUUCUGGGCAAUCUUUUCGAUGUCUCCGCCAAGUACGUCCCUCCUAUACAACCCGUCGGUCGCGGUGCGUACGGAAUCGUUUGUUGUGCAACGAAUUCGGAGACGAAAGAGGAAGUGGCAAUAAAAAAGAUUGGAAAUGCAUUUGACAACAGCAUUGAUGCCAAGAGGACUCUCCGGGAGAUAAAGCUCCUCAGCCAUAUGGAUCAUGAAAAUGUUAUCAAAAUUAAGGACAUAAUAAGGCCACCAGAGAGGGAGAAGUUCAAUGAUGUUUACAUUGUAUAUGAGCUGAUGGAUACCGACUUGCACCAAAUUAUCCGCUCUAGCCAGGCUUUGACAGAUGAUCAUUGUCAGUAUUUCCUGUAUCAAUUGUUGCGUGGAUUAAAAUACGUACACUCUGCGAAUGUCUUGCAUCGUGAUCUGAAACCAAGCAACCUGCUUCUCAAUGCAAAUUGUGACCUUAAGAUUUGUGACUUUGGCCUUGCACGAACUACUUCAGAGACAGAUUUCAUGACGGAAUACGUGGUAACUCGAUGGUAUCGAGCGCCAGAAUUGCUACUCAACUGUUCAGAGUAUACUGCUGCAAUUGAUAUAUGGUCAGUUGGGUGCAUUUUGAUGGAGAUUAUUAGAAGAGAACCACUUUUCCCGGGUAGAGACUAUGUUCAGCAAUUGGCUCUCAUAACUGAGCUGCUAGGUUCACCGGAUGAUUUUGAUCUGGGAUUCCUUAGAAGUGAUAAUGCUCGGAAGUACGUCAAGCAGCUCCCACGUGUCCCUAAGCAAUCCUUUGCAACCAAGUACCCGAAUGUAUCUCCUGAGGCAAUCGAUCUUGCUGAAAAAAUGUUAGUUUUCGAUCCAAGCAAACGCAUUACUGUUGAGGAAGCACUGAAUCACCCAUACUUGUCAAGUCUUCACGAGAUCAACGAGGAGCCCACUUGCCCGUCUCCUUUCGUCUUUGAUUUCGAACAGAUAUCCUUGAACGAAGAAGAUAUAAAGGAGCUAAUAUGGAGGGAGUCGUUGAAGUUCAACCCAGAUAAUAUGCUGGAAUAGUCAGACCAGUCAGCUGUGGUGGUCCUUACUUCUUACUUUGUUUCUGUUGUUUGUUAGCUAGGUAGUGAUUAAAGGAUUGGUUUUGGUUUAUAAAUGUACAAUAUGUUAGUUUCUUCUAUAGGGAGAGAGGUUCUCCCUCGUAUUGAGAUUUUGAGAAGAUGAAGAAUGGUGUUGGGAAGUUUCUGGAUUCAUGUUGAGAAGAUUGUUUUACCCGUGGAGGGUUGUUAGCUAGGUAGUGAUCUCCUAGCCUUCGUCGCUUGGGGCAGUGUUUUCAUAUGUAAAUCGAACAUAUCAUCUUAUAGGCAAACAAAACAGAGAGAAUGAUCAUAA